AUGACCGACGAUAACUUCACACGAGACGAUGAUGUUGCGGAGGAGGAAGAAGAAGUUGAUGAGACCGUGAAGAGCUUCCGUGCUGUCAAAGAUGCUGUACUCUUCGCAAUUGAUGUGAGUAGCUCUAUGCUGGAACCACGGCUGUCUGAAGACUCGAGAAGGCCAGUUCAAGAGUCUCCCACAUCAGCGGCACUUAAGUGCGCAUAUUAUUUGAUGCAACAGCGCAUCAUAUCGAACCCACACGAUAUGAUGGGGGUUUUGCUGUACGGAACCGAAUCUACGAAAUUCUAUGACGAGGACGGGAAUACGGGGGGUGAUCUAUCAUACCCACAUUGUUACCUCUUCACUGAUCUUGACAUUCCGUCUGCUCAGGAGGUCAAGAAUCUUCGGGCUCUGGCUGGCAAUGAAGAAAACGCGCGGGGUAUUCUGAGACCUUCAAGCGAACGUGUCUCCAUGGCCAAUGUACUGUUCUGCGCCAAUCAAAUAUUCACUACCAAGGCUCCAAAUUUUCUAUCCAGGCGGCUGUUCAUCGUCACCGAUGAUGACAAUCCCCACCAAGACAACAAGUCAUUGAGGUCGGCCGCGACGGUUCGGGCGAGGGAUUUGUACGAUCUGAGUGUAAACAUUGAGUUGUUCCCAAUCUCCCGUCCGGACCAUGAGUUUGACACAUCCAAGUUCUAUGAUGACAUUAUCUACAAGCCUUCUCCGCGUGAUGGCGAAGCUCCUACAUAUCUCCAGCCAGACACGAAAACCCCCACUGGCAAAGGCGGCGGGAUCUCCUUGCUCAACUCACUGUUGUCGAGCAUCAAUUCCCGUGCCGUGCCGCGGCGGUCACUCUUUUCCAAUGUUCCUCUCGAGAUAGGACCCAAUUUCAAGAUAGCCGUGAAUGGGUACCUACUACUCAAGAAACAGGAGCCGGCUCGCAGCUGCUAUGUCUGGCUCGGUGGUGAAAAGCCCCAGAUUGUCAAGGGUAUCACGGCACAUAUGGCAGACGAUACGGCUCAGACGGUGCAAAAAUCAGAGAUCCGAAAGGCCUACAAAUUCGGUGGUGAGCAAGUCACAUUUACGCCGGAGGAGUUGCAAGCAUUGCGCAACUUUGGAGAUCCUGUGAUUCGUAUCAUUGGGUUCAAGCCCUUGUCCGCUUUGCCCAUUUGGGCAAAUGUCAAGCACCCCUCUUUCAUAUACCCUUCCGAAGAUGACUUUGUGGGGUCAACCCGUGUAUUCUCUGCCUUACAUCAGAAGCUCCUGAAGGACCAAAAGAUCGCUAUUGUCUGGUUCAUUCCCCGCAAAAACUCUGCGCCAGUUGUCGCUGCGAUGAUUGCUGGUGAAGAACGACUUGAUGAGAAUGGAGUGCAAAAGGUACCACCAGGCAUGUGGCUCAUUCCUCUGCCCUUUGUAGAUGAUGUGCGGGAGAAUCCCCCUGCGGUGUUGAGGGUGUCGCCGGACAAUUUGACAGACGCGAUGCGUCAAGUCAUCGGACAGCUGCAACUCCCCAGGGGAGCAUAUGAUGCCCAGAAAUACCCAAACCCAGCACUUCAAUGGCAUUACCGUAUCUUGCAGGCUCUGGCCCUCGAUGAGGAUUAUCCCGGAGAACCGGAGGACAAGACAAAACCUAAAUAUCGUCAAAUCGACAAGGUAAGCUCCGGGGAGAAUAUUAUCAUUCCCUCUGACGAAGAAGUGGACCUAAUCAGAUACCAGCGUGCUGGCGACUACGUCCUUGAGUGGAGUCGAUUACUUGAUAUGAUAUUCGACAAGAUGUAUGGCGGCCAAGCUGCAACAACCUCAACCCUGGUGAAAAGAGAGGCGCGGGACGCCGGCGAGGGCGCAAGUCGACCCCCUGCAAAGCGUGUGAAGACCGAGGAACCCGCAGAUCUGGAAGAGCAAGUCCGACAGUGCUAUGAGAGAGGGACGCUGAAGAAAUUGACGCUCCAUGUCCUCAAAAGCUUCCUUAACGCCCAUGGUCGAGCCACGGCUGGAAAGAAGGAUGACCUUAUUGAUCAAGUAGAGCAAUACUUUGAGAGGAAGAAUUAG